UUUCGUUCAGCCGUGAAUCGUUCAUCGUACCCGUAACAUUACUCCAGCAUUGAAUUAUUUUACCAGCCACCAUGCGCCUCCAUCAGUUGGAAUUGGUUUAGUGCUUGCACGACGUUACCAAACACAACUACUAUUACAAGACACAUAACAAAUUUCCCGAAAUGUCACCUCUGCUAAAAUAUUGGUUUAAUAUCGGGAGUUUCUUCGAAACAAUGCAACCCAACAUUCGCGUGCUUAAGCUGUUGGGUUUGUUUCCGUUCACCGUUUCCCGAGCCACCCGGGGCGAUUCCAGCGGCUCCAGUUCACACACCACCAGCAGUGAAUGUAAUCGUUUCAAGACGCUCAAAUCGGAAGUUAAAUUUAUGGAUGUGGUCAUUUUCACACUAUGGCAAACGUUUUUUCUACAAAUGCUUUACGCUUCAUGGCCCAAGGUGUUUUCCGAAAUGCCUGUCUCUCGCAUCAUGGCCUUGGUUACCGUGCUGCUGUACUUUGUUGGUGGCGUAAAUUGCUCCGUUUCUGCCACGUUGGUACUGAUACUUCGAAAGAAAUUCAUCCGCAUGGUACAGUUGGUGGAAGAAGCAGAUCACUUGUUUUACCGAUUCUGUGCAGAAAUCCAACACGCCAAAAUUCACCUAGUCUCUGUCGCACUUCUUUGUGGGUCGUUCUUCUGUCAUGGUUUACUGUUCGCUAACGAUGUUGUUGUCGGAUAUCUUUUGCGAAAUACUACUCGUAUUGCACAUGAUAUGCCAUUGCAGACUGCGUUCUCAUACUACUACAUUGUACGAACCAUACACAUAACUUGUGUGAUAGCUUUCAUCGGUGGGUUGUAUGGUUUUCGAGAGCGUCUGUUAACCCUCAACAAACAGCUGCGCUUCCAUCUUCUGGAGAUGCCCUCUACCGACCGGAUGGCCUCGUUCGGUGACAUGAUGCAUCGGGUACAAGGAUUCAUAGUGAUCUACGGCAAUUUGUGCGAUGCCAUUCGAUUGUUUAGCACAAUUUUCGUGUGGCAGCCACUGUUCUUUUGUGCAUCGUUAAUAGUAGCAGCAGUGUUUGCCACACUCUCCAUCGGACACAUUUUGACAAACUCAGCCCCGGUAGUGCUGGCCAUGGCCAUGAUUUACACGACAAUCACCGUGCUGUACACCUCGAUUUUUGUACUUCUCGUUAAACUCGGAAACGAUAUGAAAAAAGAGGGGAAGCAAACGGCCAUCCUCGUCCAUAAGGCAAUAAAUCAAUCAUCUAAGACACCGGCUCUGGUAGAACGGCUCGUCCUUUUUUCUCAUCAUCUCCAACAUCAGAAGCCCGUUGUGUCAUGCGGUUUGUUUUGUUUCGACUGGACUUUAGCACUUUCGAUCAUUUCCGCCAUCGCCACGUACAGCGUCAUAUUGAUUCAGUUUGAGCUGGGUGUGCCAAGAUUUUUCAUCAGUGGCAUCCUCCAACAUCAAACAGAAAUCUUGGCUGAUGAUCCGUGAGCUAAGCUAGGAAAAAGCACACGCACAUAAAUCGAUUAUCAAGUGGCCAUUUUGAGGACAGGAAUAUUACAGUUCACCAAAUCCCACUUAAACGGAAAGUUGUGUUUCAUUCUUAUACAAACUAACCGAUGAAAUAAAUGCUGGU